CCUCACACUGCCAGAGCCUCACAGGAGCCUCUCUGGCUGAAGAACCCCCCCGAAUCCCCCCGCCCUGCACACACUGACUCGGGCCUGGAGACGAAGACCCUCAGCAGCGUCCCUCUGAGUCAGGCCUCCAUUUGCCAAAUCCUCUGUUUCCCAACACUGACAUGGAGCUCCGAAGGGGGCAUCGAUUCUUCCGCCCCCUGGGGGAGGACAGGCCCCCCAUGCUGGACCUGAACCGACGCCUGGAGACCUACCUGGGCCGGGUCCACCUCCUGCAGGAGGAGAACGCGCUGCUGGCCGAAGAGAUCCGGGCCCUGAGACGCAGCGACCGGGGGGCCCUGGAGGAAGGUGUGCGGCGGUUGAGGCUGGAGGUGGACGCCGCCUGGCGGGAGAAGGUCCACGCAGAGCGGGAGGCGGGCAGGGCGGCCGAGGAGAUCCAAGCCCUGGAGCUGCAGAGGCAGGAGGAGGCGCGGGCCCGGGCGGAGGCCAGGAGGAGGCUGGAGCAGAGCAGGAAGGAGCUGGAGGGGGAACAGUGGGCUCACGUGUGGCUGAGGGAGAAGGUCGGUGAGCUGGAGCAGGAGAUCAAACAUCUGAUUGGAAGCCAUCGGGAGGACAUGGCCGCCUUGACCAAGUCCAGAGCCACUAGGGCCCCCACAUGGUCUCAGAGGGGCACCCAGGCAACACACCUCCUGCAGCUGGGGCAGGAGUACUCCCAAAGGGCCACCAGGGCCUGGCAGGAGGCAGCUGAGGCCCAUCGGGGGCUCUUCAGUCGCCUCGAGGACUCACUGAGCGAGGCCAGGGGCCGUUUAACCCGAGUGGGUCGGGAGAAGAGCGAGAGCCAGCUGAAGCUCCGGGCCCUGGAGGAGGAGAUGGCGUCGGCUCGCGACGCCAGGAGGCUGCUGGAGACGACUGCAGCCCAGCAGGCAGAAGGACACAGACAGGAGAUCCACCACCUCCAGGAGCUGUCGGCUGGCCUGCAGGCUGAGAAAGAGGAGCUGGACCACCAGAUGGAGCUUCUUCUUCUGGAGAGCCGAGGCCUGCAGCAGCAGCAGACGUCUCUGGGCCUGGAGGUGGUGACGUACCGGUACGCCGCAUCCGUCACCACGUACCUGUUCAGCCUGUGCAGGGCUGAGGUAUCCCAGCAUGCAUUGGGUGAAAGGAGGCAGAGACAAAAAGUCCCCCCCCCCCUCGUCAAGCAGCCCCAUUUACAACGAUGAUGUCCUCGUAUUAACCACGGAGACAGGAACGGGACAUGGUUAGCCUAGCUUAGCACAAAGAUGAGACACUGUGGAACCAGUUAAGCUGUCUCUACAUCCAUCAGCCCCCGGAACCUCCAACACGUUUGGCUGCUUGCUUUUCCACAUGUGGUGCGUUCCACCACUGGUCCUCCGGGUCGUCAUGUCGAGUGUCGGCCGCUCAUGUUUGCGACGUGUUCACCUUUCAUCACAUUUACUUCCAUUGCUUCACUGCGUUGCAACACACACGCGUUGCCCUUUAGAGCCGGAGGAAAGUCUGAUGAGUGUAAAUAAAUACUGCAUCCAUCCUCUUUAUUUCAUCCCACAUGUGCUGUUGGCUGUUGACGGACUCAACGGACACGAGUCCCGUCCUUCUUCUUCUUCUCUUUUCCAUCAAACACAAUGAGACGAAUGGGGGAGCAGAUAGAUCACAGAGCAGUUUCCUCUUUGUGUCGUCAGGGACUUUUUGUAAUGUAUGUAGUCACAUCGCUGUGGAAAGAGAAGCUCUGGCUUCUCACUGAUUUGUGCGUGAGGAAGUGAUGGUUUGUGCGCUGCAGAUGCUUCCUAACAACAGUUGUUGUCCCCUUAACUCGAGUAUCAAAUGUCUCCAUGUCCCCGUUCCCUGUGUAAGCUGCUUCCUCUCGUUGUCCGUCU